UCGUGCGUGCGUCUCCGUUUUAGAUGUGCUCCCAGCGGAGUCUCACACGCUGAGUGAAGACUGCUACUGUGGAGUCUAUCAGCCGUAUGGUUUUCGUUUUAUUAACUGUUUAACAACUACAGCCGUUAAAACUCUACAGUUCGUGUGCAUAUAUUGGAAUCUACAUUGAUUCGAGUGUGUCUAGGUUUGUUUUACCUGGUUACAUAGUUUUCAUCUUCUGUCAAUGACUACGUGGAUUGUCGUUACAAAUGUAAAAUUAGGCUAAACGAAGCAGAAAUACGAGGAAGUUAAGAAGCGAAGGUUGGUUACGACUUUUAAUAAAAACGAAGUUCGCAUGGCACUUAUGGAUUCACUGAAAAAUUUCGCUUAAGCAAUUUUAUGCUUUUUGCCCUGUGAGGAUCUUCCGUUUGAAACGUACCUUAAACUUGCAAAGAGAAAAAGGUGUAAAGUGUGCUUGGCAAAACACGAUCGGAUAUUUGUGACAGCGUCAAAGAGAUUAGGUCCUGGGUCAAUUGCGCAUACUUCGAAACGGUUAUUUUGGCUGAGUUUGGAAUACAUGGCUCUUUUGUAACGUCUAUCGUGGAUUGGAAUAUUGAGGUGAUGUAAUGGGCUUUUGAAUAGCACAACUACACAGUCGAUCGACACAGGUCGGUGUAAGAUAAAUGAAUAAUUUGGCAGCAAUGUAAAAGGUGCAGAUGCAUAGCAUUUGCGCAGGAUAGCGCACUGGUGCUCGAUGGAGCGUCGCAGCUGGCGCGUCGAUCAGGCGAUUUUGCCCCGAUGCCAGCGGCAUAAACAGAAGCGCCAGCCUCUGAGGCACCGCCAAGGGGCUCCGCACAGCAGAUAUUUGUGUACGCCGCCGUGGCGUUCGUCCCGGCAGCUAUUGUUGCUGCUUUUCGUUGUUGUUGUCGAUGGUCUGGUCGCAGUUUCCGGCGCCCGCCGACAAGGCGGCAACCAAUUGGCUGAACGUGUGGUCAAUCCAGGCGAGAGGAUCUCAAUUCCGUGCUUCCUCGAGACGCCUGGCGGAUCAAUCCAGUGGGUUCGAAAUGGCCAUCCAGUUGUACUCGACUCAACCACGGCCUCGCGGCGCCAAUGGAACAUCUCAAAAGACGGAACGGCGGCACUGCAAAUCAGUCAAGUUACUCGGGCCGAUGAUGGUUUGUGGGAAUGCUGGGAGUUCGCUGAUGACGGGUCGGUGAAACGAGUCGCUAAAGUGCUCAAGCUUGUUGUAACCGGAGCACCGGAAGAGCCUUUUCUGGUGCAAGACGGCAAGCGUAUUCACCCAGGCAACAAUGUGCUAGCCAAGGAGAAUCACACGGUGACUGUUGAGUGCGUGGCACGUCGGGCCGUACCCGAGGUCAAACAAGUGUUCUGGUCACUGGGACCGGACCACAUUAAUGUGACCGGCAACUCGGAGUUAAAAAUCGAUUUCGUGUCCCAUGAAGACUCAUACACGACCAAAAGCAUACUCCGACUUAACACCACGCGUACAAUGAAUCAUCAAAAAGUUACGUGUCACGUUUUUCACGUUGCGUGGCCAAACGCGUCCGUUGUCAGUGCCUCCCUUAAUGUAUUAUAUCCUCCGUCGUUCGCAAUCAGUCGGAUACCUGCAUUUGGGCAGCCACUCGUGGAGAAAAGCUUCGUAUCGCUCGAGUGCAUUAUCGAUGCCAAUCCACCAGCGACUCCGCGCUGGUCAAGAGAAAACCUUCCGAUCAAUUCGACCGAGAUAAUUCGGCAGGGGGGCGGUUUUCUCAAUUUUACAUCUGUCGAUCGGAGUGACUAUGGCUGGUAUCGUUGUACGACUCAGCACCCAAUGGGCAGCUUUGAAUCAUUUGGUUACCUGCUCAGUGUACAUUACGGUCCGGAAAUGAUGGACGAUACGCCGAAAAAAAUCCACGCAGGUUUCGGCGAGCCAGUUCGGUUAGAAUGUCAUGCCAAGGGCAAGCCGUUGCCAACGUACUGCUGGUCUCGCCGCCAGCCAGGGGGCCGACUCGCUCAAGGACUAACGAGCGACUCGUCCCUUGUGCUUGAUCCGGUCGUCUAUCAGGACGCCGGCACGUAUCAAUGCAGUGCUUCCAAUCAGCUUGAUUGGAAACGACAGAGAAACGCUAUUCGAGAAGUUCAGCUAUCAAUCACAGGACGUCCCGAUGUCAGUGCGCUCAACUCAUCAUUGACGGGGGUGCUUGGGCGUAAUCUGUGGAUUACUGUGCAUGUUUGCGCCAAUCCUCAGCCAUCUCGGUCGCACUGGCUACUAGACAGAUUCGUGCUCAGUCCGGGCGACGAUGUGAAGGCGCAUCCACAUUACAUCGCGCAUCCCUAUAGAACUGCGGAGACGCCGUUUUGCCGGUACGCUUCAUUGGAAAUUCCGCACAUUCGAUAUGCUGAUAUGCGAGAGUUUCUGUUCGUGGCCCGCAACGAGCGGGGCAUUGAUGACGCCGUGAUAAACGUAACGGUCGUCAAGAGUGCCUUCGGCUACCAGGACAACCUCAUUCACACUCAGCACAAUAGCAGAACCCUCCCUGGUCGUUCGGAAAUGUCGCGGCCCGUUAUGGCGAAUACAGCAAGUGCCGGCAAUGGCGAGUCGAUUCGAGGUGUGUCCGUCAGUUCAGUGCUUGUCGUAGUUUUGUCGAGCUUGUGGCUUACGAUGAGACACUGUUAAGUAAGAAAAUUAAAGACAAAAAUUCAGUUGAACGCAAAGCAUCGUCUCAUGUAAUAUGUAAAAGUUGACUAAGAAGUAACGUCAAGUGACCCGUCAAAUGAAACAAGUAUGCAUCUGAUGCUUCAAGCGACAGAAGAACUGCCAUCGUUACUAUGUUAUACGGUCGACAGUGAGGCCGUCGAGCCGCAAUCUGAUGCAGCGAGGUCCAGCAAGAUCUAGUACGAUUCACUUCAGCCGUUCGUUACAAGGUGCAUACGACGGCGAUGCAACGUUCACGUUUAGGUGAAAACGAGGAACUAGAAGGAAACUUUUAAUGGGAGAUACACAGUCUUUACUGAGUAUUCUAGCCGGAACAACAAAACGGCAAGUGUCAUGGCUACACCCGUAAACAACGACGACAAAAUAGGAAAGAAGCAGGCCAAAACCACAGUAGUAAUUAGACGACAAUGGCGACGACAUUUAAAUGGGUAGAAAGGAAUUGGGUGUCAUUGUCGUCCUUGUGUGUCGCCAUCCGAACAAAUGACGACGGCAGCGGCGGCGGCGGCGGCGGCGGCAGCGGCAGCAGCAGCAGCAGCAGCAGGGGCUCUGGAAUUUAUCGAGAACGACCGAGACAAAAGUGGGACUGUUCUGUAGUAGGGAAGGUUGUGUUGUUGUCCUGAUUGGGGACUUAGGAACAAAAAAUGAUAAAAAACAAAUGCGACCUGUUGUUGUUUAUGCUGAUGAUGCCCGUGAUGGUGAUGAUUAUAAUGAUUACGUGCAUAGUCAUGUGGAACAUUUAAAUGAAGUGGAUCAACGCGACUAAUAUCAGUUUUUGGCUGGAUGGCUGUAUUCGUGUAGGCGACCUGUCAGCAGGCCGUGCUAUGACUUUAGCCAACCCUGCUGCUGAAGCACUUUCUAGCAAACAAUGCAUAUUAUGAUGAUGGUAAAGAUAAAUAAACAUAUUGCCGUUAAAUAAUGAAUUAUGGAUGAUUACCUAUUUAAGGCGAAGACAUUGGGGGUUUGAGAGCGUUAUCGCGGUUUGUUAGACAUCAGCUAGACGCAGUGUUCAGUGGUUUGUGAAAGUGAGUUUGUUUGGCCUGAAUAGAUGCGAAAAAAAGAAAGAAAAAGGAGAGAGAAACAAAAAAAUAUAUGCGUCAUGAGAGAAAAUAAAAGAACGAUCAUAUUAGUUAGCUAAACAACAAUAUUGAUGGUGUCGAAAUGGCCACAAACUCGGUGUUCAAAUGCUUGGUUUUAUGCUAAUGGAAAAGGUGCAGUUGAUGCCUAGAAAAUCGGAUUGUGUAGAUGUAUAAGUAAUACACGAAAGCCGAGUAUAACGGACGGCUAUAAGAUGACUUGGGCAAAGUAGAAAAUAACGGAAUGCAUAAAAAGUCAAGUCAAGGGCACACUAGCAGAAGUACCACUAGGACAGCGGGAUAGAAUGUCAGAGUGGGUCACGGGUCAACCCGGUGUCGAGUGUCGUCCAUUGAGCACGUAGCUUUAGUUCGACGCAACAGCUGCCUUUGGACCGAUCGCACGACGAGGGCCGAUCACCUGUCUGACCGACAACCAGGAAAAUGGCGACGACGAAAAAGAAGACGUUCUGAAGCAGCUUUGUGUACAUAUGUGUGUUGUAAAUGUAUGAUAUUAUUUAGACUCAUUGAAAAAGGGAAGAGAGAUAGAGAGUGAAAGAAAAAAAAAACAGAAAAAAUGAGGGACAGGAGAAUGAAGAGAAGUCAAGAAGGAUGAAUUAUACGGCGAAAAGGAAACAGUAAAAAUGUAGAAUGUGUCUAUUGCAUAUGACAGAAAAUUUGAGUGAAUGACAA